GUACGGGAUGACAGCGCCUUCUGGUUGACCUCUUCUACCGUUGGCGGCUGGGCUCAGGUAUGGGGUGACAGCGCUUCUGGUUUCAUAACAAAACCUCCUUUAUGUAACGUUGCUAUCCUUACCCCCGGCCACAUAUUCGACACAUACGAGGGCGGCGCACAGAAGCCAUAUUCAAAAUGGGGUGAAUAUCAACGCCCCUUGCAAUGUCACAGACCGUUUAGACUUGGUGCCUUCAAGUUUUUGAAAUAUAAGGCCCAUAAGGACAUUCAAGCACCCAAUAGAGAAGCGGAAAAAGGGCAGAAACGAGGGUGA